ACUGCCAUCCAUGGAAUACCUCCGUAUUUUUAUCCUCUUUAUAAUCCUUACCACCUGGAGUGAGGCUUUCCAACACAAGGAUGUGGAUCGAAUACUCAUCAAAUCUGGCAUACGCAAGGGUAAAUUUAGUUUGCAGGAAGCCGAGUCAGGAAAGCAGCUGGUCAGCAAUAUAGAUGAUGGUCUGCGAGAUUUAAUCGCCCUGAUUCGUAAGGGAUUUAUCAAAUAUUCCGAUAAAAAAUCCUAUCAUCUGUAUCACAACAACUGGAAGCGGGGUAAAAUACAAAUACCCAGUCGGAGGGGAGAAGAUUUCCCAUGCCCCUUGAAUGGUACCCGUUCUGCCACAAGGCCUACCAAUGUUAAUCAGUUACGUCCAGGAGAUAUUGAUGUGGUGGCUGCCAUUGGAGAUUCUUUGUCGGCGGGGAAUGGUAUCUAUUCGAAGACGUUCCUAAAUUUAAUUGCCGAAUUUCGUGGCAUGGCAUUUUCGGGUGGUGGUAUGGCCAAUUGGAGAACCGUGCUGACUUUGCCGAAUAUUUUAAAGGUGUUCAACCCCAAUCUGUAUGGCUAUGCCACCGAUAAUGUUUUGGUUAAGGAAAAGAAGUCCUACUUUAAUAUUGCCGAACCGAUGAUAAUGUCCCGAGAUUUGGUGUAUCAGGUGCAGGUGUUAAUAGAACGCCUGAAGGGAGAUCCUCGUGUAAAUAUGAAAAAGGAUUGGAAAAUUCUGACGAUUUUUGUGGGCAGUUUGGAUUUGUGCUUUGAUCUCUGCCAAAGCGAUCGGCUGUGGGAUAAAUUGAGGCAACAUGAAAUCGAUUUAAUUGAUGCCUUUACCCUGCUAAGGGAUAAUGUACCGAGAUUGUUGGUAAACCUUCUGCCAGCUCCCAAUAUGGUCACGACAUUGGGUCAGUUGCGAAAUGUCCCGCUGCAAUGUAAGGCGGUUCAUCUUUUUGGUUGUCGUUGUGUUUUCGGGGCAGCCCAUAAUGAAACAUCGUGGCGGGUGGCUUCGGAAUUUUUCACACGCUGGCAGGCAGUGGAUGAAUAUGUCGCCGCCAUGCCCGCCUUUCAAACCGAUGAUUUUGCCGUUGUCUAUCAGCCGUUUACAGCUAAUGCGAAAUUACCUCGGGACCCUAAAGGUGAUGUAGAUUUGAGGUUCUUUUCCAGCGACUGCUUCCAUUGGAGUCAAUUGGGCCAUGCAGCCAUUGCCAAUUCCCUAUGGAAUAAUAUGCUGCAAAUGCCACAUCGAAAAGAUGAAGCCAUACGAGAGCCCCUGGAGGUGUUUCAAUGCCCGACGGCCGAACGGCCCUUUAUUGCAACAUUGCGGAAUAGUCUUACGGGGUAUUUUUAA